GACAUUGCAACGCUUCAGGAUCCAUUAACAGGAAGAAGACGAAGAAGAAGAAACAAUGGCGUUGAAGUUUCUGAACAAGAAGGGAUGGCAUACGGGGAGUCUCCGUAACAUAGAGAACGUAUGGAAGGCCGAGCAAAAGAACGAAGCCGAGCAGAAGAAGCUCGAGGAGCUCCGCCUCCAGAUCCAACAGGAGAGGGAGCGUUCUGAGUUUCGCGCUCUCCAGGAACAGGCCGGUCUCGCUCCGAGGCAGGAAAGACUGGAGUUUCUAUACGAUUCAGGGCUUGCGGUAGGGAAGCCAAAUGCCAGUAGUUCAGGGCAUGGUGUUUCGUUUCAAACUCAAGAACAACCAGCCAAAGCUGAUACCAGUAAUAUUAGCAAUAACGCACAGCAGCAACAGUCAGCUCCUGGUGCGUUGUUUGAGGAUAAGUCACACUCUGCGAAUGAUGCCUGGCGCAAACUCCACUCCGACCCUUUACUUCUUAUCAGGCAGCGUGAGCAAGAAGCACUUACGCGGAUCAAGAACAACCCUGUAAAGAUGGCCAUGAUUCGCAAAUCUGUAAAAGGAAAGGAAAAGGUGAAAGAUGGAGAUGGGAAGGAGCACAAGAAAAAGCAUCAUGGUAGUGGGUCGAAGCAACGCAAACAUUCUUCAUCCAGGCACUAUUCUGAUUCAGAAGAAGAUUCUGCUGAAGAGAGUAAAGGAAGAAAAUCCCGUCACAAAACGUCGAGGAAUUAUGACAAACGCUAUGAGAGAACAAGGUCAGAUUCGGAGGAGGAAGCAGAGAUA